CCAGAUUUAAUUAUAUCGAUCAAUACGACAGGUGGUAUUCAUUAUAAACGAAAGGCGGAUGACAACAUACAUGAAAAAGUUAUAGAGGUAUUGACGACGGGAUUGGCUACUGCGGCAAGGACAGCAAGUAUAAGUAGUCCAAACAAAGUUACAUUUUAAGCUGACGGAAUGUUUUCUGAUGCCUUCUAUAGACGCUUGGAUAACAACUUCAGGGCUAAAUAGGGCUACCGUUCAGUGGGUUGGUGAAGCAUUGACCAAUGAUACUUAUGGUGUCGAUGUACCUUGUAUAGGUUUUUGUAGUUGGGGAUACACUGCAGACUUUCUGAUUCUGCUCCAGCAAAUUUUUUUACGUUUGCUAUAUGUGUAUUUAGAUAAUGAUUUACUUGCCGAUAUUCUACCACCUGUUACAACAAUGCUGUCAAUGUUGCCAUUGUCAUCCAAUCGUGUUGAGAAUUAUAUUAAGCAAUAUCCAAGAAAAGGAAAUCAUAGUAAUUUAGACAAAACAUUGUUUCGUAACUGUGAUUUAGAACCAAAUCAUACACAUUUUCUGUUAUUUGAUGAUAACACGUCAGAUCGAAAAAACGUUAUAGAAGCACGUACAAAAAUUGAGCAGUUAUUUAGUACAAAUCUACGCCCACAUGAUCCUACGAGAGCUUAUUAUACUAAUAUACCAAUUGUAAUGAUAUUAAUUGGCGGCGAUUAUUGGUCGUUCGUAGCUUUAUGCGAGGCAGUAAAUGCCGGCACACCUGUUGUUAUUAUUAAACAUACCGAAGGUCUGGCUAAAAUCUUAACAAAAGUAUUUAAAUCAUUUAAUUUGAAUGAAAAACUUCGAGAUGAUAAUAUGAAAAAUGUUCAUGGUGAAGAUUAUGAAAAGAUAAUCAAAGAUUUAAAAUCGUUGAGUCCCACUUUUAAUGGGCAAACCGGAGUAGAUAUACAGGAGACUAAUAAAAUACUUGAAAAUAAUAUCGAAAUUUUACGUAAAAAUAAAAAUUUAAUUGUUAUAUUUGACGCUAACAAAGGACAUAAUCUGGAAGAUGCCAUUGCCCAUGCUUUGUUACAAAGUAUAUUGAAAAAACAAAAACAAGCCAUCGCUCAGUUAGAUGAAAAAAAAUUUGAUUUAACAAAGGUAGAAGAAAUACAAUGGGCCAUGGUUUGGAAUAAAGUCGAAUAUGCAAGAAAACAUAUUCUAAGUGAUGAAGAUGAAGAAUUUUCAUUAACUCAACGUUAUGUGGUAUGUAUGAGUGAUUCUGGAGAUUCUGAUGAAUUUGGUACUGUCUUACUUUAUCACACGAUCUUGUGUCCCUCCAGAGAUGGGCGACUCACCACUUUUUCGAGUCUGAGUCGAGUCCGAGUCAGUAGCCUUCAAGUCGAGGUGCGAGUCCGAGUCGCAUUAAAAAUUGGCAAGAGCCACUUCGAAUCAUUUUCUAGAGGAAAACUUCCUCCUGAUUCAUUUUUCUAAGAGCAGAUCUUCAAUCCUGCCAUGUGACGCAAUGUUCCACGUAGAAUAUUCUCAAUCUCUCUCUCUCUCUUCUGGUAUAUAACAAAUAUAAUAAACAUCGUCAAAACAAUCCCAAAUUGCACAUGACUGACUCGAAAGUGACUCGAGUCAGUUUAUUAAGCUUAUCGAGUCUUUCAUCCCGAGUCCGAGUUCGAGUCCUAGUCAUAGAAAAUGCGACUCGAGUCGCACACAGAGAUGGGCGAGUCCGAAUCGUGACUCUGAUUCGCCCAUCUCUGUGUUCCUCUCACUUAGACAGAAUCGCACUUGGCCAAAGGAGGGGUCUGUGUAAGGUCGGGGAUCGGCUCACUUUCUUUUCCGAGCAGAAAUGGUCCCAUAUGUAGUAAAAAUGUAUUUCUGUAAAGUCUCUACAAACUGAGCUAGUCAGAAUAUCUUGACUGGUGGGACCACUCACCAAAGAGAUACAAAAGAAACGUUGGAGUGCCGAAAACGCCUGUAGAAGACUCCUUUAGUCAUUUUUUCUGUCACAAUGGAAAAUUAUAUACCUUUCAAAAAUAUACCAUUAGGUAGCCCCUGUAAUUCUCUACACACUGAACUAGACAGAAUAUCUAGACAGGUGGGAUCCGUCGAUCAUUAAAGAUAUGCAGAAAAAGCGUUUUACUGUUAUAUGUGCAGCACGGUUUGUCAUGAUCAUGAGAACUUCUUUGUUUUUCAUUUUUCAGUAAAAGCCGGAACUAAUCUGAAUACUCUUUUGAACAGCCCGAAGAUUUUUCUGUCAGAUGAAGUGCAUAUCGCCAUUUUAUGAGAAAACUUGAUAUUAGGAUUUGUUGAAACCCUGAAGGCUAGAAAUCCAAGUCUCAGCUUUUCCUCCGAAAAUUUUUCAAACUACAUAGCCUGAUAGAGCAAAGAAUUCUGAGGAAAAUAAGGUAUCUCCCAGCUGUCCAUAACCCUUUUUCACCCAACUGCAGUCGAUUUAUGAAUGGUUACAUAGGUGGUGAAAAUUACCAAAAUAUUCUGGUAAAAAAGGGUUAUUGACAGCCGGGAGAUACCUUAUUUUCCUCAGAAUUCUUUGCUCUAUCAGGCUAUAGAGUAACACGGAGUUAUAGUUAAAGAGACACCCCUACUCAGACUCAAGUAAGAUACACAUUGUUCAUUUUCAACUUACGAGGGAACAUUCCCAAGUGAUACGCUCCGUUUCGAUUCAUUCAUAUCUCAUUCGAUAGAGUAUAUUGAGAUAAGAAAAAGGCUAAAAGGAUUUGUGCUCUUGACUCUUGAAGACCCAGUUU